UUUUCUGUUUUUCUUCCAGUUUGGUUGUGUUUUUUUAUUUGUGUUAUAAGAUUUUUAAGUGUGUUUUUUUGUAUUAAUUGUGUUCAUUAAUGUAAUUGGUGUGCUGGAAAGUGAUCAUAAUGCCGGUGUUUCACACGAAAAUUAUCGAGAGCAUUUUGGAGCCGGUGGCUCAACAGGUAUCUCGCCUGGUGAUUCUACACGAAGAAGCAGAAGAUGGCAACGCAAUGCCCGAUCUGGCACGUCCCGUGCAAGCCGUCUCCCUCGCUGUGAACAAUCUCGUCAAGGUUGGUCAUGAGACGAUCGAGUCGUCAGAGGAUGCGAUCCUCCGCCAGGAUAUGCCGGGCGCGCUGCGCCGUGUGGAGGGCGCGGCCACACUGUUGCAGCAAGCCUCGGAUAUGCUCCGAGCUGAUCCGUACUCCGGACCCGCGAGGAAGAAGUUGAUCGAAGGUUCCCGUGGUAUUCUACAAGGCACCUCGGGUCUUUUACUCUGCUUCGAUGAAUCUGAAGUCAGGAAAAUUGUCAAGGAAUGUAAAAAGGUGCUAGAUUACCUAGGAGUUGCGGAGGUGAUAGAUACGAUGGAAGACCUAGUUCAGUUCCUACGGGACAUCUCUCCCGCGCUGUCCCGAGCGGCUAGAGAGGUAGCGUCUCGGGCGGCGGAGCUGACGCAUCCACCUCACGCGGAGACACUGGCCCGCUGCUUGGAGAGUGUGAAGCAACUGGCGCCGCACCUCAUCUGCGCUAUGAAGAUAUACAUACAUAUUCUCACUGAAGGUGGUAAAGGCAUGGAGGAGGCGGCAGAGAAUAGAAACUACCUCGCGCAACGCAUGGGUGAUGAAAUACACGAAAUUAUACGAGUGCUUCAGUUAACGUCAUACAUAGAAGAUGGAGGAGAGAAGGACAACGUGGCCUUGCUGAAGGCUCUGCAAACACAAAUACAUACUAAAAUGGGCCCUGCGCAUGAAUUUCUUAAUGAUUCUUCAGCUCUGCGGAACAGUGUUCCUGAGCGGGCGUUCAGGUCGGUGCUGACGUCAGCGCAGCGCGCCGCGGACCACCUGGCGGCCGACCUCAGCGACAGCCUGCGCCGCGCCGUCAGAUCAGGAGGUAUAAAUGCGGACCAUUUGUGUGAUGAGAGGCAGUUGGGACGUGGGCGAGACUCUAAAGCUUUAAACCUGGCUUCCGAGUUACGUGGUCAGUUAAACGAAGUGGAGGGGAUAGUGAACGAGGGGGUGAGGGUUGCGGAGAAGCAGGGAGGGAAGACGUUACAGUCCAGACUGGAGAGCGCACACAAGUGGCUGCUGCAGCCGGCGGCGGACGCGCUCAUCCGCGCUGAAGGCCAGCGCGCCAUCGCCAGCGUCGUCUCACAGGGACAGAGGAUCGCGGAAGGUCUCCAGGGUCGCGAGAAGGCGGAGGUGCUGCAGCAGUGCGGCGACGUGCAGCGGCUCGCGGACAAGCUCGCGGACUUGUGCGCCAGCGGACAGGGACACUCCGAGGAGGCCAGGGCCAUCACCAGGGAGCUUUCAGAUAAGUUGCACGAGUUGAAGCGUUGCAUGGAGCGUGCGGUAGUCAACCGCGUCGUUGAGGACUUUAUCGACGUCGCGGCGCCGCUCAGACACUUCGCUGAUGCCGUUAAUGCACCUGAGGGCAGUCCGAACCGCGAGGCUAACUUCCUGGAGCGAGCGAGCGCGCUGCAGGCGUUCAGCGCGCGCGCGGCGGCCGCGGCGGCCGUGGUGGCGGCGGCGGCGCACGACAAGCGCCUCGCCGACCAGCUGCUGCACAACAAGAGGGAGGUAGAAAAGCUGUCGCCGCAACUUAUAGCGGCGGGAAAGAUCCGCUUACACUAUCCUGACAGCAAGGUGGCUGAAGAGCAUUUCAAUAACCUGAAGAACCAGUACGCGGACGCGGUGCUGCGUGUGAGGGACUUGUGCGACCAGGCUGUGGAUCCUCUCGACUUCGUGAGGACCGCUGGUGAAUUGAUGCAGAAACACACAUAUCUAUGUGAGGACGCGAUACGCAACAACGAUGCACAGAAGAUGGUAGAUAAUACUUCUGCAAUCGCUAGGUUGGCGAACCGCGUGCUGCUGGUAGGCGGUGCGGAGUGCGACAACACGGAGGACGGGGAGUUCGGGCGCGCGCUGGCGGCGGCGCAGCAGCGGCUGCAGGCCAGCAUCGCGCCCGCCGUGCGCCUCGCCAAGCGCGUCGCGCUCAGCGACCGCGCCGCCGUGCCCGCCUGGCGCAGCGCCAACACGGAGAUAAUGAGUGCAGCGAGCGAGGUGGAGGCCGCACUGUCGCGGCACGCGCCCGCAGACACACUGGCGGCGCUGGGGGCGCUGCGCCUCAGCGACACGCCCCCGCCCCGCCCGCCGCCACCCGCGCCCGCCCCCGCGCCGCACGGCCCCGCCCCGCCGCGCCCCCCGCCCCCAGAUACUGACGACGAGGGAGAGGACAUAUUCCGUCGUCAACCGCAUCCCAGCCAACCGAUUUUGGUGGCCGCUCACAACCUGCACCGCGCAGUGCGCGAGUGGUCCUCCAAGGACAAUGAGAUCAUCGCCGCGGCAAAGCGCAUGGCCAUCCUCAUGGCGCGCCUCUCCGACCUCGUGCGCUCCGACUCUAAAGGUAGUAAGCGUGAAUUGAUUGCCACCGCGAAGGCGAUAGCUGAGGCCUCAGAGGAAGUGACCCGUCUGGCGAAGAAACUGGCCCUCGAGUGUACUGACAAGAGGAUCCGUACUAAUUUGCUGCAAGUCUGCGAGAGGAUCCCUACUAUUGGAACUCAGCUCAAGAUCCUGUCCACUGUGAAGGCCACCAUGCUCGGAGCUCAGGGUAGCGAAGAAGACCAAGAGGCGACAGAAAUGCUUGUCGGGAACGCUCAGAACCUCAUGCAGAGCGUGAAGGAAACUGUAAAGGCGUCAGAGGGCGCCUCCAUCAAGAUCCGUACCGAACAGGGCGGGUACCGUCUGCGCUGGGUACGCCGCUCCCCGUGGUACCAGAUCUAGACUGGAUCGUACCAAAUCACCGCCACCGUACCAGAUUUACACACGAUCUUACUAAAUCUAGACUCAUGUGUACCAGUUCUAGACUGUAUCGUACCAAUUUUUACCAUCUUUGUACCAGAUUUACACACGAUCUUACUAAAUCUAGACUCAAUCGUACCAAGUUUUACCACCUUCGUACCACAUUUAUGAACGAUAUUACUAAAUUUAGACUUAGUUGUACCAGAUCUAGACUGGAUCGUACCAUCAUCAAUUUGGUACGAAAACUAUAUACUGCAGAUAUAUUAUAAAGUUAAAUGUACUUUCAUAUUUAAAAUGAAAUAAUAAAAGUCCAUAAAACCGGUACUAAUUUAUUUGUAUGGAAAAUUCUAGAAAUAUCAAAAUUAGUUCGAUAUUUCUCACAAAAAGUACAUAAGUACAAAAUACUAGAUAUAAAAUCUUCUAGAAAAGUGAAUUUUCUUAGCCAAUAAUAAUUAGAAGUACAGAAAAACCUCUAUAUCAUAAUUUAAGGUUGUUUCAUUGACAGCUAUAUACAGUACAUAAUAAAUAAUUACUUAUUUUAUAAUAAUAAAUUGUAUUUUUGUAUGAAAUAUGGAAAAAAUGUGACACUAACACUUGCUAUCUCGUUCUUUUUAAUUAUCUAUGACUCCUACGUAAACUAUGAAAUAUUGUAAUGCAUAAAAUAAACAUAAGAGAACAUUUAAUUCUUAUCUUACUAAAAAACAAAAAAAUAAUAACUAUCAAGUUAAUUUAAGAAUUGCUUGAAGACGAAAAUAACCGAAUUUUGGUGCGUUUUAAAGAAAAACUCAAAUUUACAUAGUUUUACUGAAAAAAAGUGUUUAUCGUAGAUAUUCUGCAUCAAACAUAAAAAAACAAUUAAAUUUAGAACUUUUUUGAACAAAAAAAAUCAGUUAAAAACUCGACUUAUAAUAGUGUACAUAGGAGUCAUUGAAAUGAAAGAGAUAGCACAUAUAGUGUUACCACUUUGUGUAAUUUACGAACAUGUUUGUACAAACAUUUGGCACAAAAAAAA